AUGAAGGAACAGUCAGCAUCACACAACUUGAAAUGCGAAGAAAUGUGUGGGAAGGAUAGUCCCCUGAACGAGAAAAGUCAUGAUGAACCUGGCGUUGAACUAUACUCUGACAUGGAUGGAGUGGAAAUGGGAUAUCAUAAUGAUGAUGGGAGCAUACUCGCAAAACGAGAUAUCCAUCCAUCAGAGAGGAACGAAGUAGUGAUAGUACCGACCAGUAACAUCACGAUUGCAAGUUGUGAUGACCCAGGAGGACGUAGCAAAAAGGAAAACGGUGAAUUAGUAAUUAAUGACAUGAGAUAUUGGAACACAGACAGACUUACCAUGAAGAGACCUAAAGUGAAUAGGGUGGGGUUGAGGUAUCAUAAUGAAGGAUGGAUUACAAUUUAUGAGUGGGAUGCCCAUCCUCCUGAAAGUAAAACGGAGUAUGAAACGGAAGGAGGAACGAUGUUCAAACAAUACUAUAGAAAAAAGGAUACAACCGUCGGCAUGCCUAUUAACCACCAAGAUGAUGGGGACAAAGUAGUGUUGGUACCAACCAAUGUCGUCACGAUCUAUGGUGACGCACAUGGACUUACCGAUGGGAGACCUAAUGCGAGUGAAGGUGGAUUGGAAUGUCACGAGAAUGGAGGAACGAUAACCGAUAAUCCCCCUGAUGAGGGUAAAAUGGAGGAUGAAACAAAGGGAGGGACAGUGGUGAUUAAUGCAAGGAAAUUAUGGGCACCCGG